AUGGCCGCGGCACCGUCGCGGGCACUCGCCGCCGACAAGAGGUCGCAUCCGCUUCGCCUCCUUAUUCUUCUUCCCAUUUCUAUCUCCUUGUAUUUCCAUUGGGUUCAGUUGGUGCUCCCCGACUACAAGGGUUUAGGGUUUAUCUCUGCAGGAAGCUCAAGCACGUCGACAGAUGAAAGUGACUUGCUCGACUCACCUGUUGCUUGUGGUCUAGCUUCACAUGAUUCUGUAACUGCGAUAAGCCGUUCUCAAAGCACAGAAUUAAGAUCAGGAAGCUGGAAAUUUGCACAUUCUCAAGUUUCUUUCUUGGAUGUUCUGAAAGCCCCAUUAAGGACUAUUGCCAAAAAGGUAUGCAUUCCAUAUGGUAUUCACGUUGUCAGAGGUUUACAUCACACAGAAAGGGGUUUACCAUAUGUGCAGAUGAUUUCCCAGUACUUGAUUCCAAGAACUCUCAGUCAAAUGGUCAACAAGGAGGUGAUCCUGUUUCUACUGCAAAUUUCUCUUGGGAACCAAAACAGGCUCAACUACAUGCUACACAAACUCCUGAUAUAUGUGUGCCGCCUCCAUGUAUUGAUUACUGGCAUCCUCCUCCUGAUCACCCUCCUUGACAGGAAUGGAAUUCGUCUCGGAGGAGUGGUAUCAUAUGGUCCAUGCAAUCCUGCAGACAAGACUGUCAGCUUCCCUGUUGAAUCAUUUACUCAUGAUGGUCAAUCCGUUCUGAACCAGGGGGGAGAAGAAAGGCAUGGUCCACAUGGUGUUUAUCACCCAAAAAACAAUGAUUCCUGUUAUGCUAAUGUGCCUGUUGAUACUUUUGUCAAAAGUUUUCUUCAUCUCAUACUUGAAAAGGUCAAGGAUAACCAUUCAGAUGCACUUGAGAAGCAACCUGUCAUCGAGAAGGAUGUGGCACUGUUAGAGAAAAUAAAUUGUCUACCUCAUCACAUACUUGGAAAGAUCAAAGGUAACCAUUCAGAUGCACUUGAGAAGCAACCUGUCAUCAAGAAGAAUGUGGCACUGUUAGAGAAAAUUAAGUGUCUAAACAUCAAAGCUAGAAAUCUUUGUGCCCGUAACAUGCCAGAAAUAUCUUUGUGCAAGGAAUCCAAGGUUGAAUGCCCAAAAAGCCUCAAUUUAAAAGCAGAUCAUGUAGCAAAUGAUGUUCCCUUUAGCGCUGCCACCAAUUAUAUCACCUCUGCCUUUGAUAUGGCUAAUUCUGUUUCUGAAAGAUGUAAUCAUGUGUUGGUUGGUACAUCAAAUAUGUCUGCUAUUCUUGUAACGACUGAUCUGUCAGAAGGACAUGUUACUGAAUUCAGUGAAGCUAAAAAGAUGGGCAACUCUGCUGAUAAUCAUGUAUAUGGAGUAGCGGAUACAUCAACAAACCUCUGUGGCAGUUCAGCUACGGACACUGCAUCUAAUAUCUGGGGACAUGGAUGGAAGGAACACUCUACUGUUUACUCUUUGCCAGUCACUACAACAAAUUAUCAUGAAGAUCAACCAUUUGCUGGGAACUGCUCACAGCAGGUGCAUGCGAGAACUGCUAAUAAUAUGCUGAAAUCUCCUCCUUAUGAAAUCCAGCAUUCAGGAAGAGAGUUGUCUGCUCAAAAUGCACAACUACAGGGAGAGGAGAGGGAAAAAAGUCAACAAAAGGCAAAGUCUAUUGCAAAACUGGAAUUUGUACAAAGUCAGAAGUUAAAUGACGCACCUGGUAAAGCCUGUGAUUCCCAUGUAUAUGGAGGAUGGAGUGCUUUGAUAAACAAGCUUGAUUGUGCUGAGGAUAUUUCAUUUAACAUUUCGAGACAUGGAUGGGAAGGUCACCCUGCAGUUGACUCUUUGCCAGUUAUGACAAAUUCUCAUCAAGACCAAUCUUUUCCUUGGAACACCUCUGAGCAAGGGCACGCGCUAACUGAUGAUAUUCUUAAUUCUCCUCGUUAUGAAAUUGAGCAUUCAAGAUGGAGAGAGUCUUCUACCAAAUAUGCAAAACAACUACAGAUGGAGAAUGAAAACAUCGAACAUAAGGCAACAUUCAUUGCCAAACCAGAAGUCUUGAGCACACGUCCAUUUGUACAUAGUCUGAAAUCAAAUGAUGCACCAGGUGAAUCUGCUGCUGAUUAUCAUGUAUAUGCCAGAUCGAAUGCAUCAAGAAACAGGCAUGGUAGUUCUGCUGAGGAUAUUUCAUUUAGCAUGCCUGGACAUGGAUGGAAAGAUCACUCUACAGCUGACUCUUUGCCAGUUGUAAGGACAGAUACUUAUCAAGAUCAAUCAUUUCCUGAGGGCACUUCUUUGCAGGUGCAGGGGAGAGCUGUUGAUGAUAUGGUUAACUCUCCUGGUUAUGACGUUGAGCUUUCAAGGAGAGAAUUGUCUGCACAGCAUCCAAAACAACUUCAGGAAGAGGAGAGGGGAAAACUUCAACAAAAGGCAAAAGCUAAUGCAAAAUUGGAACUGAAGAGAUGUUUGUUUGUACAGAAUCAGAUGUCGAAUGAUGUGCCACAAGAAACAAACAAAAAUCUAUGUAAACAAAAUGCUGGAAGCAGUAGAACUAGUAGUCAUGAUGCCUCAGUAUCAGAUACAUGUACUGUCUAUGCUGAGAAUCUUAAUGUGCCUCCAAGACCAAAUGCCGUGAAGAAUACUGCAGCUGCUAUCAGCUCCACUCAGAAUGUGAUGUGUGCAGCCAAGAAAACUGACAUUAGCAUGCUGGAACACAUUGCCCAGAAAACUGAAGCAGAGUCACAUGACAGUAGUGCUCCAAAGCAUUUGCAGAUGGAGGAUAGGGAAGGACAAGUUCAUAAACAGGAGAGUAUUUCAAGGGGCUCCACUCCAGCAUCAGACACUGAAGAUGCUAACAAAAGUCCUUUGAUUCCGAACACCAUUUCCCCAGUCAAGAACACUGAAAUCAAGAUUAUGGAACAAAUUGACCCGAAAGGCGUGUCACGCUCAAAUGAAAGCAGGACUCCAACUCCAAUGCAUUUGCAGAUGGAGGAAAAGAGAAGGCAAGUUCAUUCACAUGGAAGAAUUUCAAGGGGCUGCACUCCAGCAUCAGGACCUGCAGGUGUCAACAAAGGGUCUUUGAUUCAUAAUGUGUCUUUGAUUCAUAAUGUCAUACCUUCAGCAAAGAACAAUGAAAACAGCAUGAUGGAACACAUUGCCCGGAGAAGUGCAUCACAGUCACACGAGAACAGUUCUCCAAAGCGUUUGCAGAUGGAGAAUAGGCGAAGGCAAGUUCAUCCACUGGAGAGAGUUCUAAGGGAGAGGUCAAACAUAGCUGAAAGCACAGAAGAUAUUACAACUGUUUCUGGGACUCAUGUGAACGCACAAAAUGCUGAAGCUAAACCUCAUGUGGACCUCUCAACACAAAGCAAGAACAGACCUGUGUCACCAUGUGUGUUUGGAACUGAGAAUACAGAAACAUCUGGUUUGCGUAAAGCUCCUGUAUCAGGCGUUGUUAUCAACAGUUCUAUAAUCAUCAUGCAGGCUGCUUUGGCUAGAGGCUUUACUGUGGGGAGCAUAGUGCUUGUGGAUGCUUCAGUUGCAUCCGUGAAUCAGGAGAAAACAGUUGCCAAGGAAGUGGAUUAUGAUACAACAAAUAGCUGUGCUAGUCCUACGCAGACAAAGCAAUCGGGAAAGAAUCAGCAUGAUGAACAGCAUGCCAAGGAGCCCCAUGGGGGUGACAGUAUCAUGUGCACAGAAGUUAAAGAGCCAAGGCCUGAGGCUGGUGGGGUGAACUGCAUGGCAAUACCUGCUCCAAACCUGCCAUCUGUGAAUCAAAGCACUGUUUUGCAGGAUGCAGUGCCAGCAAAAACAAGACCUGAGAACCGGGAGGAUGAGAAAAUUAUCAAGCAUCUAGGGAGGAGCAGUGCUGCUUAUGACCAAGGAAGCACAAAUGGUUUAGCUACAUCAGCAUCAGAUCUUACUGAACAGGAAGCCAACUCUCUAGUGUUAAAAAUCAUGCAAGAGUUAUCUGACCAGUUGGAGCAAGUGGAGAAGCAACUCGACUCCACCCGUGUUGCUGCUGUGAGCCAUUCAGAGCCGACUCAAACGAUGUCCCUACCUGGCUACACUUGGGGAGAACAUCGUGUGAGUCACAGUCAAAGGCAAUACCAUGUAGAUGGCCAAGGAAACGUGUGGACCAGCUACGCUGCAAACGUGUGUGGCAUCACACAGGGGGCUUCAGCUCUGCCUACCGCUCAUGUAUUGCCUGGACCCAUCUCUGUUCCUGAGAACAACACAUCGAAUGGCAGCAGUGCUCCAGUUUGGACGUGGGAUGCCGCCGAGGGCAUAUUGACAUCCGACAUGGGCAACGUCCCAGUUGUUGGUACUGCAAUUACAAGCAGGAGUGGCAGCGAACUGACUCAGAGCAUCUACGGGGUCAGUCAAAUGGAUCUGCACUGCAUGCAAGUCAUAGGAGGCAUGACAUAUGAAGGUGUUGCAGCGAACCCUGAGAACCAGUACUACCACGCAGGUCUGGCACAGCAGCAGGUCAACCCGGCAUGGUUCCCCCACGGCCAGCAAAGGAUGUGA